AUGUCCGACGUGUACAUCCAGGUUGCGGAGGAAGAAGGCGAGGAACCGAUAGAGUUACCAGGGGAACUAGAUGGAACCUUGCUGCUGACCACCCUCACUGGCCAAUUCCCGAAUGCGUGCGGCCUCAAAUAUCGAAACCCCGAUACCGGAGCAUAUCGUGGAGUUCGGUUGGUCGAGGGGCGGCUCAGCGCUCCUGAGGGUGGUUGGGGCGCCAGGACAUUCUACUGUGUCGUACCAAAAGACACGAAGAAACGACCGGAUGAAUCACCUGGAGGCGGAGCUGCGGUAGAUCCCAUUGUGAAGAUGAAAGUUAGAACGGACGCCAAGAAGUGCUCGGACCUCAUUGUACUAGGUUUACCUUGGAAAACCACAGAGCAAGAGUUGCGGCAGUACUUCGAGGCGUUUGGUGAAGUGCUCAUGGCUCAGGUGAAAAAAGAUCCCAAAACACAGCAGUCGAAAGGCUUUGGUUUCAUUCGGUUUUCUUCAUACGAGAGCCAGAUUCGGGUUCUCUCGAAACGACACAUGAUCGAUGGCCGUUGGUGCGACGUCAAAAUUCCCAACUCGAGAGACGGACAGGCUUCCGAGUUGAGUCGGAAGGUAUUUGUUGGUCGCUGCACUGAAGACCUCACCGCGGAUGACUUGAGAGACUAUUUUAGCAAAUUCGGAGAAGUCACUGACGUUUUCAUUCCAAAACCAUUCAGAGCGUUUGCGUUCGUCACGUUUGUGGACGCUGAAGUCGCACAGAGUCUUUGUGGAGAAGAUCACAUCAUCAAGGGGACCUCAAUCCACGUUUCGAAUGCCGUACCGAAAAACGACACCGGGGGCUCCGCGGGCGUCGGAAUGGGCGUCGGAGGAGGCGUCAAUGUGAGUGUGAUGCACCACCAUCACAUGUCCUCCAAUCGGAGCAGUCAUCCCAUGAUAGCCCAGCCCGACCCUCGUUCACAAAUAAGCCGCGGCGCGGGACACUACGGAGCCGGAAUGAGCUCGUACUCGCACCAUCAUCACUUGCAGGGCCACCUACCGCCGGGAAGCGGUCACGUAGGAACAGUUCAUUCAUGGACAGCCCCUGGUGCUGCAUCGUCGUCACGCGAUAUGGGACCAAGUACGUCACAACAGGCUCUGAGCCACCCCGGAGCGACAACCACUCCGCCGACCCUUGGCAUGAACGCACUCAGUUUGGGGGCACCCUCCGCAACGGGAGGCGCCCAGCCCUCGAGCUCCCUUCAACAAAUGAAUUCGGCCGCGGUCCUCCAGGCCUUGGGCCAGGCCGGAUAUGGCCUAUUUGGUGGAAACUUCGCCGCUGGAGGUGCCAAUAAUGGGGGCUCAGGGGGCCAUUCCUCCGGUGAAACGCAUGCGACGCAUGUGAACGCCCCGUUCGUCUGGGGCGCCGCUCCCCACGACUCAGCUGCGUGGCACAAGGGCGCCCCCCAGCAGAGCCAGCCCGGACCGCAACCUCAGCAGCAACAGCAACAACAGCAGCAGCAGCAACAGGGCUCGGGUCAGGGAUAUACGAUGUCUGCGUCGCCUUAG